AUGCCAUUUCUGCAGCUUCCUCAGACUGAUGAUUGUACAUCGCAAAUGCCGGGCCGUCUCCGUGCUCGGGAUCCCUGGUCAACCCCAUCUUGCAGACGCGCCGCCAGCCAGUCCGCUGCGGCAGCCAUGCGGGGCGCGCGCCAAGUCCUCCGAGGAGCGCUCUUCCUCGCCGCGAUCCUGAUGAUGGCUCGGGCGGCGCGGGCUAGGGCCACUCGCCCUCGCUUCCGCUCGCCCACUCUGCAGCCCAUCAAGAGCGGCAUCGACGCCAUGUCCGCCGCCCUCUGGGGGCGCCAGAACUCCUGCCAGAAGAACGCGGCGUCCUCGGAGGAGAAGCUGGCGCGCAUCAAGUACGUGGUCGACAGCCAGUGGGAGAUGCUGGGGAAGGCGGACGAGAAGGUGAAGGCCAUGGAGGAGAAGAUGGAGGAGCUGGUUGCCAUCAAGCAGGACUACGCUGAAGCCACGCCGGACCCAGAAGAGUGCAGCUAUCCCUUCAAGAUGGAGGCGCACGGGUGUUUCUGGCUGCACAAGAACCCAGGCCUCCCCUGGGAGGCGGCACGGAGGCGGUGCCAACAGUCGGGCUCGGACCUUGCGACGCCCUCCAGCCUGGCGCAGAUGCGAGAGUUCCUCCUGCGGGAAAUUGGGCGAGAGUGGUGGUACGUGUGGAUCGGGGGACAGAUGACAGGCUACAGGACGUGGGUGUACGUGAAUGGGCGCGAGGGCGCCGCCAACCCCGAGGACUGGCACGACACCCUCAACCCGGGGUCCUGCACGGCGCUCAACGGGGGCCGGGACUACAAGAUGAUGGCGUGGCACUGCGAGGACGCGAACUGGUUCCUCUGCCAGAAGUUUUAGCAGGAGACGGGGAUAAGGGAACAGGCAUACGGUCCGAAAGAGAGGAAGAGAGAAGGAAAGCUAGUGAGAGAGAAGGUGUGUGGUUGCGUGCGUGAGUGUGUGUGUAUGAGAGAGAGAAAGAGAGAGAGAGAGA